GCCCGGCUGCGCGGGGAGGAUGCGCUGCUGACGCGUGCGGGAGCCCCGCGCCCGGGCUGGAAGAUGCUCCUGAGGGGCCUCCGGCCGUGGCGCCCGCGGCUGCUGCUGACCUCCGGAACCCGGGCUCUAGCGCGUCCGAGGCCGCAGCCGCCCCAGGUUUUGUGUGUGAAGCUGGAUGGAAAUCUGAAGUACUACCAAUCACACCUUUAUAGUACAGUGGUGCCACCUGAUGAAAUAACAGUUAAUUAUAGACACGGCCUUCCCUUGAUAACACUUACUUUGCCAUCCAGACACGAACGCUGUCAAUUUGUAGUCAAGCCAUUGUUGUCAACAGUUGGUUCUUUCCUUCAGGACCUACAAAGUGAAGAUAAAGGAGUCAAAACUGCAGCCAUCUUCACGACAGAUGGUGGCGAGAUUCCAACUUCAACCUUGAUGGAUAUUUUGCUAAUGAAUGAUUUUAAACUUGUCAUUAAUAAAAUAGCAUAUGAUGUGCAAUGCCCCAAGAAGGAAAAACUGAGUAAUGAGCAUGCCAUUGAGAUGGAAAACAUGAAAUCCUUGGUUUAUAGACUGUUUACAGUCUUGCAUUUAGAAGAGUUUCAGAAAAAGAGAGAGCGCCAUUUACUGGAGAAAAUUGACCAUCUGAAGAAACAGCUGCAGCCCCUUGAACAGGAGAAAGCUAGAAUUGAAGCUGGCUCAGAAGCCAAAUCAAGCAGACUCCUAUGGGCUGGAUUAGCACUGCUGUCCAUUCAGGGUGGGGCAUUGGCCUGGCUCACUUGGUGGGUGUACUCCUGGGAUAUCAUGGAACCAGUUACAUACUUCAUCACAUUUGCAAAUUCCAUGGUGUUUUUUGCAUACUUCAUAGUCACUCAACAGGAUUAUACUUACUCAGCUAUUAAGAGUAGGCACUUUCUUCAGUUCUUCCAUAAGAAAUCAAAACAACAGCAUUUUGACGUGGAGCAAUACAACAAAUUAAAAGAAGACCUUGCUAAGGCUAGAGAAUCCCUGAAACAGGUGCGCCAUUCUCUCUCUUUGCAAAUCCAAGUAGAGCAACUCAAUGAAAAGAAUUAAUCUUAUGUUUUUAAACGUCAUUGGAUUUUUCCAUUGUGUUGAUUUUGCAACUUAGAAAAGUGGACAUUUUUGAGUCCCUAAUUCAUUUCAAUUUGACUGUUCAGUCUCUUUUAGUUAAUAAAUUCUUGUAAAACAAAAGUA